UAUCGCUGCACACCAGAACUCAGUCCGGACUGUUGCUGCGCCUGGAGCACCUGCAGGCGCGGAGGGUGGAUAACAACCAUUAUUAUUAUUAUUAUUAAUAAUAAUAAUAAUAACAACAACAAGGGAGAUAGGCGAGCGGAGGAAGGAGAAGGGCGGCGGACCUGCGGAGAGGAGCGCACCAUGGCCUCAAAGGAGACCUCAACGCCGGGCUUCAUCAACGUCAGCAGAGAAAUCACAGAGAGCAUCAGGAAGGCCCUGGACAAGCAGGCCAUUAAGUUUGUGCGAGCCAUCAAGCAGGACACCAGAAGCGGCAAGACGGAGGACAGGAUUCUGGUCCUGGCAACAUGGAGACUGUAUCUGUUUGCUGUCAAAGUGCCCACCAAGAUGGAGGUGACCUUCAACUUCUUGGAAAUCCGAGCCAUGAACACCUAUCCAGAACACCAGGUUGUCAUCGACACAGACAAGACCACGUACUCGCUGAGACUACAGACCCAGGACCAGCUGGAUCACAUGGUCAACCACAUCAACUUCGCCCUCUCCCGAGUCUUCAACAACUCCAUUUAUGCUCCUCCCAUUUGUCGGGCGGAGGGUGACCUGACCGAAGAAGGAAGUCACAAGUUUUCACCGAACUCUGAAUCGUCAGUCGAGGCCCAGAAAACAUGCGGAGGUUUUUCUGAGACCUACGCAGCUCUUUGUGACUACAACGGGAUCGGCUGCAAGGAAGAAGUGCAGUGGGAUGUUGACACCAUCUACCACUCUCAGGACAACAGGGAGUUCAAUUUACUGGAUUUCAGCCAUCUAGACAGCAGGGACUUGGCGGUGAUGGUGGCAUCCAUUGCGUACAACACCUGGUUCACCAAGCUGCACUGCAAGGACAUGCGCAUCGGGUCGGAGGUGGUGGACCAGGUCCUGCACACAGUCAGCAAGUCCAACAGUUUGGAGGAGCUCACGCUGGAGAAUGCGGGACUCAAAUCGGAUUUCCCGCAGAAGAUGGCGUCAGCGCUGUCAGAGAACCCAGCCUCGGUGAUUCACUCCCUCAACCUGGCUCAUAACACGCUCGACAACCAAGGAGUCUCCAACCUCAUUCAACAAGUGUGCCGCCUCAACAAGGGACUGCGCCUCCUCAAUCUCUCCAAGACCUCCCUGUCCUCCAAAGGUGUGGUUACUCUGUCCCAGGCGUUGUGUUCAAGUGACGACUACUCUAAUUCUCUGCUGCAUCUGGAUCUCAGCAAAAACCCCGGGGUUCUGUCCGGAGAAGACGCCACGAACCUCUACAUGUUCCUGGCCCAGCCCAACUGCCUGGUGCAUCUGGACCUGUCUGGGACAGACUGCACCGUGGACUCGCUGUUUGGGGCCCUGCUGCGAGGCUGCUGCGCUGACCUCUCCUACCUGAACCUCUCCAAGAACUCCUUUUCUCACAGGAAAGCGAGAGAUUCUCUGCCAACUUUCCGGCAGUUCUUCAGCUCCGCAUUCAGCCUGACCCACGUCAGCCUGGCCUCCGUGAGAGUCCCCCCCGAUUCACUGAGGGCUCUGUUCCUAGGUCUGUCCAAUAACCCUCAUAUCUCUGAUUUACACCUGGACAUCAGCAGCUGUGAGUUGAGGUCGGCGGGCGCCGGGGUGAUGCAGGAGCUGUUUCCUCGAGUUUCAUGCGUGGGGACUUUAGACAUCUCUGAUAACGGUUUGGAUGCUGACUUGCUGGCUGUCAUCCCGGCGUUCUCCCGGCACCCCUCCCUCAAACACCUGAUGCUGGGGAAGAACUUCAACAUCAAGGGCAGGGUGCUCGAUGAAAUUCUGCAGAAACUGGUUCAUUUGGUGCAAGAGGAAGAGUGUGCCCUGCAGUCCCUCUCCCUGGCUGACUCCAGGCUUCGCCAGCGGGGCACGGUGCUGGUCAACGCCUUGGGCUCCAACGCCUGCCUGCGGAAAGUGGACCUCAGCGGCAACCUCCUGGAGGACUCCGGGGCCAAGAUGCUCAGCAAAGCGCUGCAGAUCAAUACAACACUCAGGAGUGUGACGUGGGAUCGCAACAACACCACGGCGACAGGCUUCCAAGAUGUGGCAAGAGCGCUCGAGCACAACUUUACCCUUCAGUACAUGCCCCUCCCCCUCGGUGAUGUCACUCAGGCGUACCGCGGCGCCCCGGAGAAGACGGACCAAGCCCUGAACAAGAUCCAGCGUGCCCUGCUUAGGAACAACCAGACUCAGCGUUUCUCUCAGAAACAGGCUCUCAGGCUGCACCAGGGCCUCGUCACCAGCACUGCCGAACAAGUGAUGGAGCGCCUGUGCGUGCGGGUGCAGCAGCAGGUGUGCGUCCUGAAAGCCAGCGAGGAAGGCGAGGAGGUCCAGUCGGCCAGGCAGAUCCUCAAAGAAGCCCGGGACUCCAAAGCUCUGUAUCCCUCCCUGUGUGAGUUGGCCCAUGUGUUGUCAGUGGACGGCCCCGUCAAGCAGCGACUGGACGCUCUGGCUGGAGAACUGGCCAAGGCCGCCGACAAAGAGCUGCAGGUGGUGGUGGACUCGAUGGUGUCCCUGUGCCGCGAGCUGUGUCCAAUGUCCUGCUCAGCCGCCGAGCGACUCAGCACGCCUCUCUCGUCCAUCUCCGAGCAAGUAUCGAUCCCUCGCUCCGCCAUCCGCAACGCCCUCAUGGAGCGAGCGGCGGAGGACAUCAACCGAGCCCUGGAGGAGGUGAAGUUGUCUGUGGUCUCCUACCUGACCAACUCCAUCGUGGACCAGAUUCUACAAGAGCUGUACACCACGCAUAAAACCCUGGUACUGCUGAGGCAGGUGUCUCAGGUGAAGCGAUGGGAUGACGCCGGCACGGGGAGGCGCACCAUCAGACAGUCCAGAAUAAUGGAGUCUCUGGAUUUUCCCGACGAGGACUUUGGCGUCAACCUGGGAAUAGACACGAUGGCCAUAAAGAAGAGGAGCUCCCGAACUAGAAGGAUCCGUCCCGUCUCCACCAGACAGAGUCUAGAUGAGCCCAGUCCCUCUCCUACCCCCUCAGCCCCACCGCACUCUGCCCCUCUUACCCACUCAGCAUCGUGGGAGUGUCUGUCCACCCUCCCAACCAACGGCUCGCCGUUGCGUCACGUGACCCACGUCCGGCCUCGCCCGCCGCGGAAGCACAGAGCAGGCCACCCUCCCCCGGAAUCUCAUAGUUCGGAGAACGGAGGAGUCAGUAUGCUGGAGGAUGGACUGCCUGAUUUCUACAGCAAGAGAGUUCUACCUGACAGUCAGCUGUCGUCCCUCCAUCAGGGCCAGUCGCUGAGGAGAAAGAAAAGACGCAGCGUCUUGUCCAUUUUCUCCGGCUUCCGCAAGAACCGCAACUCCACCAUCUCCAAUCAGGACUCUGACGCCUCAGAGAACGUCUACUCGAUGAUUCAGCACCCUAAGGAGGCUGGGAGACCAGAGAGCACCGUUCCUGGAGCCAACGGGGCCGUGCAGGGUGUACCCGUGCACGGGAUGAGGGCCGCCAGUCCCUCCUGCCUCAUCCAAAGACAGUCCACAGACCUGGUCAGCAUGGUGUACAGCUGCAUCGGGGCAGAAAUCGAGGACUCUGAUGGGAGCAGCACCUGCGACAUGAAAGAGAUGGACCAAGAUGCUGACCGAACGACCAGCGUCUCCGACGUCCCUGCAGAUACUCAAACUAAUGGCCACGUGGCGUCCUCCAAACACCAGGCGGACAGACAGAUGGAGAAAGGCCGGCAGGAGAGGAUCGUACCCCUGACGGACCCGCGGACUGACACGGAGGAGGACAGAGAGGCCCCCUGUGGGCCGAGGCCGGAGCCUCCUCCGCAGAGCAUCAAGCCCAGUCUGGCUGUUAUGAGGCAGCGGCACCUGCAGGAUAAUUUAGAAGAGGCGGGACGGCUGCAGGGAGAAGAAGACCAGAGUGAAAGAAGGCACGAGGAGAAGCAGCGAGUGCCAGAGGGCCAGCGUCCUGCGCUGCUGCCCAGCAAGCCCGGGCUCGACCUCUCGAGAGACGAGACCUCUCCGGAGCGAGAGGCAGCGGCCUCUCCCCGAGCCUCACCUGUGAGUCCAGGCGAAGAACCGACCAAUGGCCAGAGGAGCUCGCCUCCGGCUCAGCCAAUCACUCGAGAGGAGGGAGCCGCUGAGAGGAAAAGCCCAGCAGCAUCGGCCGCGCCGGGGAUGGAAGCAGCAGAUCCUGUCAGUCAAGAUGAGGAAGAAGGUCAUAACGGCGUUGCAGCAACAGCGCGUCACACCAGGAAGUCCAACUCGUUUGACAUAGGUACUGUACGACAGCCCUACGAUCUGGAGAGGUCCUCAGAUCGCAGAUUCUCUGUGAAAAAGACCCGUUUCCCCCAGUACAGAAACAGAUCUCUGGACUGCCCUGCUGGGACCAGGUGUUAUGAGAGUCCCCAGCUCGGUAACAGAGACGUGCUAUGACGUUACCAGUGGACCGGAGGAAACUUGCUGGCCAGGGAAUACUGGAACAAGGAGGACUGGAGAGAGACGAGCUUUUAAAACUGUGUGGACUGAAAGGACGAAGCUGCAACAGCUCCUCUUGUGUUCUUUUUUUUUUUCUCUCCUUUUUAUCCAUGUAAACAUUUGUUGAUGAAAAUGCAUGUACUGGUAUGCUUUCUGUCCGGUCGCACCGGCUAUGUUAUUUCUCAGGCUCAAGGUGAAACGCUCUGACCUGCAGUACAUAUAGCACACCGUAGUUCAAUGUCUCCAGAGUGCUCUUCAUGAACCGUUUUAUGCAUUUGUGUAAAAUAAUUUAAUGCCGUCUGCUCAACCGCCUCCUCGUCAUUUUACUGACAAUCUGUGACUAACUAAGUGAGUUUGUACUUAUUCGAACUUGAGAUGUAAAUACCGAAUAUAAAACUGCACUAACCAUCGUGGAACCCUAACAAUCAUGUUUUUAAUUGUGAUCCUAUAUAAUUUGUAACUGUGUAACUAUGUUUGUUUUUUUUCUUCUUUUUUUUCUGUAUGCUGACGUUGAUGAUUAAAUUAUGAGUUAUCAUGCACUUAGCACUACCAUCUCGGCAAGAGGAUUUAAGUAUCCCUUACAGUUUUAAUCUGAUUUUUUGGCAGGCUUGAUAAUGAGUAUAUUUUCUAAAAAUGAUUCUUCAAAUGAGAAUGAAUAAAAUUGACUUUACACAA